AUGCGCGCUCUGCGGAGGUCGUCGUUAUCCUCUUAUCCUCAUCCACAAAAACAUUUUUUUUAAAUUACCCUCACAUCCUGCAGGAGAAGAUGUCCUCCUGCGUCCUCUACACUGCACUUUUCACCCUUCCUUUUGCACUGGGUUGGGAAUUACUAGGUGACCGAGAAAAAGUUCAGACUGUUUGCGUCGGGAAGGAGUUUCGUCUACCGGUGGACUCAACGUCGCGAAUCGUGACUUUUACACCGUAUCCCGACGGGCCAAAACGCAUCCUGCUGGAGAAAACCACUGUUAAGGACCCACGGUUUGAGUGGACCAAGGAUAAGUCGUUAGUCCUGAAAGAAGUGAGUCAUGCUGACCAGGGAGUUUAUGCCAACAAGCUGUCCAUGGGCUUCACCUACGAGACUGUCCGUCUGAUCGUUUCGGAAUGCAUUAAACCCUACCGCAGAAACUAUGGGGAGACUUUUGAGCACAGCAUCCCCGAAAAUGGCUCCCUGCUGGAGUUCUCUCACCGGGGCGCUCCGUCUGAGGCUGUGCCGGUCGUGCUUUGGAACCGGACAGACCCCGAAACCGGUGACGCUGGCCGGGGGCGGCUGCUAAGAGGGGGGAAGGUCUGGGUGGCGGAGAGAGUGACGCAAGCAGACCAAGGCAACUACACCGUGAGAGACGACAACGGGAAGGUGCUGGGUCGCAGCACCCUCACCGUCCGUGGGCAUUCCUUCAACAUCACACGCUUUACCAAAGAGUCCAUAAUCCUGCCUCUAUUUCUUCCUCUUGCUCAUGCCCAUCUCAUUUUUACCCCUGGCCAUUUUCCUGAUGAAUCCUCCCUGGGCCCCUUUGACCCCAAACCCCCACGUGGCCCUGUGCAGCUCAUCCGUGAGGGGCAGAUAACGGACCAUGACCUGCGCUACAGGGGUAUCAUCUCACUGAGUAGGAACGGCUCCAUCUACGAGGUGGUCAUUGCAAGGCUGACCUCAAGGCAUGAUGGGCUGUAUGAAGUUAAAGACAGGAAUGGCAACCUGGUAUCCUCCACCUACUUGCACGUGAUCGACAAAAGGGGAGGGAGUUGGCGAGCGCUCCUCAAAUCCGUCACUGUCCCUUCUGGCAUGUUCGUGUCCCUGGCUGGUUUCAUCCUGUUCAUGAAACGCUACCCAAACUGUAGCCUCUCCCAACUCAUCACGUGCUUUAGAACACACCGCACGCUGCCAGCCAACCCCCCGAGGGUCAACAUCCAGCACUACAGUCCCCCCUCUCCUCAGCCCCCAGGUCACUACAGCUACUCUCAGCAGACUGGAACACCAAGGAAAUGGACCCCAAGAGCCAGUCCUGUUCACACUGGUUAUGCUCCGGUAACGGUAGGGUCUCCAAGAGCCGAGAACCAGGAUGUGCACAGAGCAACAGCUGGGAGUUCCCCUAGUCAUAACUUAACUGUUGAGCAGGCUAAAUCUAAUGAGGACGAGGACAGGAUUUCCUUCCCUGUGCCCGGAGCUUCAGACUGCCUCCACUCAUCCGAGGACUGCGUUCAGUUCCAAAUCAAAAAGGAUGGAGAUAAGGGAAGGGGGAACAAAUCACAAGACUUCUUUUCCACGCUGCCACUAGACACAGACACAUCUGAAUCCUGCAGUAUUUACACGUCAAAGAAUCUGAACUUUUCAUAAAACAGAGAACUGGAUCAGAGAUAAGGGAAGAAGGAUCGUACAGCAUGGAGACAUCACACAAACGGUGAAGUUAUGCUCCUGACCGAGAAGAAGAACCUCACCUGUGCCUUAUGCACGGUUUUAAUAGUUAGCUUUGUGAUGUAAUUUUUCUGAAGCAUGAGUUGAGCAUAAUCCUUCCUGUCUCAUAUUGUACUGCCUGAUGGUGCUCCUGAAAUCUCCUGCCGUUACCUACCUCCGGACCCUCAGGACCAAUAUGAUCUGCACUGCUCCUGUGUUUAAGACAGUCUCUAGGGCUACCCACCAGUUGUUGUGGUAACGUUUGAUAAAUUUCAUUUUUAUUAAUACUGUACAGCAAUAUAGACUUAACUUAAGUUGUCACCCAUCAUGUUGUCCAUACUUAAUUAUUAUUCUAAAUAGCUUGUCUGCAUUUUUAACAAUUUAUGCAGUGUAUUAAAUCUUUGGGGUAAUUCUACUUAUGAUAGUUAUGUGACAUGUUUCACCAAAUACUGCAGUUAAUAUUUGAAUGUUGUGUGCAGGAUAACCUUUUAUCCCCAAAGCUUGUAAUAUUUUCAUAAUGUCAAAAUGUCAUCACUCAAAAAAUAAAAAAAGAAGCUUUAAGA